AUGAUUAAGAACAUCUUUAGCAACUACUUGAAGAACCAUGAUGACAAGAAUUUGGGAUUCGAGAAAUCAAAUAAGCUAAGCAAAGACUACUCGAAUGAAUAUAUAUCCGAUUGGCGAUGGUUCAGCAUAAAGUGCGAGCGGAUUAUAGAAAAUGAGUUAAACAAGAAAAGGAUAAAAGAAAAGGAUAAAAGGGAAUAUAAGAAUGUUUUAAAAGAAAAUGAAAAUAUAUUAAUGUUCAAGUCAUUCUUUCCAAAGAUUUUGUUAAAAGUGUAUAGCGAAUGUGAUGAUCCGAAUAAGUUUUUCACCAACCUCAUCAUUCAGAAGUUGAAUGCAGUUGUGUUUUUCUGCGAUGCAAGCGGUUUUUCCAAUUUAGCCGAGGAACUGGACAAACGAAUGAAUGGAACAGAGUUACUAGGAAAUUGCUUAAACAAAUUUUUUAAUAUUUUGAUUAAAAUUAUCGACUGUUGGGGUGGGGAUAUCAUAAAGUUCAGUGGAGAUGCUGUGAUGGUUAUAUGGCCACUCAACAAAACCCAGAAAAGGAUGAAUAAAAAGAGUAAAAAGGAAGAAGUAAAAUCAGGAGUAAAAGUAAACGUGGAUGCAGAAACCAAUGAAGAAGCCAGUGCAGAAGCUAGUGCAGAAGCUAGUGCAGACUCCGACGUGGGCCGCACACGCAACGAUAGCUCGGAUUACUACCCAUCGGACAACGAGAAUGACAAAAAGAAGGGGGGAAGAAAAGGAAAGAAUAUAGAGGAGGUGAGAAAGAUAUGCCUGUUAGCUCUAGGAUGUUGCAUAGACAUCCAUAAGUUGUUGAAUAAAUUCCCUACUCCAAUAGAAAACAAAUAUUUAAAAGUACACAUAGCUAUAACAUAUGGAAAAGUUAGCUUCCUACAAAUAGGAAAUAUUUUAAAUAAAAGAGACUAUUUAUUGUCAGGGAAACCACUGGAAGAGAUAGGAGUUGGGGAGGCCUUAGCAAAAAAUGGGGAAAGCGUUUUAGCCCAUUCCUUUUAUAAAAAUGUAAAGGAUAAAGUAGUAGUUAAAGAGACGUGUAAAAAGAAGUUUUAUCUGUUUAUAAAAAUGAACGAGGAAAUAAAUAUGAAAAUAUUGAAAAGGGAAUAUGAACAGGAGGAGGAGGAGAAAGAAGAGGAAGAACAAAGGGAGGAAGAGGAAGAAGAAGGUGGGAAAGCAGCCGGAGUAGAUGUAGAAGAAAAAAAUGCACAAAGUAAUAAAAAUGGAACAAAUGCGAAAAAUGGAACAAAUGCGAAAAAUGGAACAAAUGCGAAAAAUGGAACAAAUGCGAAAAGUGGAACAAAUGCGAAAAGUGGAGAAAAGAAAAGAAAAGGUGGGGACAACAGUAUCAUGUACGAAAACUUUUAUUUUUUGCUAAAAAGUUUUAUACCUGACAUAGUGUAUAGAAAAUUAUCUGUUGGAUGUAAUAUCUUUUUCAACGAAAUAAGAAAAGUAACGAUAAUAUUUGUAUCUGUAAAAGAUAUUGACACAUCUACUAUGAUAGGCGUAUAUUCUGCUCAUAGUAUAAUGAAAUUAACUCAGAAGGCUGUGUUCACAAUGGAGGGUACUAUUAACAAAUUUAUUUUUGAUGACAAAGGGAUCUUAAUAUUGAUAAUGUUUGGUUUACCUCCUUUAUAUCAUUGUGAUGAUUCUGUUAGAGCAUUAUUAACUUGUUUUCGAUUAAUAGACGCUUUAAAGUCGUUGAAAUUAAAUGGAAGCAUAGGCAUAUCGACGGGAAGAAUUUGGUGCGGUAUAGUAGGAAAUAAAAUAAGAAAAGAGUAUACAGCUCUAGGAGACGCUGUCAAUAUUGCUGCUAGACUAUGCUGUAAAGCUGGGAAUAAAGAAAUAUAUGUAGAUGAAAAUACAUUCAAUAGUUGUAAACAUUUUAUAUCUUUUCAAAAACUUAUUUCUAUAAAAGUUAAAGGGAAAAAUAAACUAAUUAAAAUUUACUCACCAAUAGGGACUAUUAACAAAGACGCUAUCAACUCUGUUUACAAUAACUCGGAGCAGGAAAAUUAUUUUACAGAUAAGGAGCUACUAGCGGAGAGUGAGAACUACAAUCAUGGUGGUAAUCCGGAACCCACGGGCUUGGACUCCUCCAGGUCAAGCCAUUUCCACACUGGCACCGCAAUUCUGAGUGGUGCAAAUGGGAAUAGUGGUAAUGAGCGUGGUACCAGUGAGCAUGGUGAAAAUUCGGGUGGUAGUAAUGGACGUAGUGAUAAUGGGAGUGGUAGUAAUGGACGUGCGCACACUAACAACGUAUGGACCGAUGGAAGACGGCAUUGCAGCGGGAGGGACUACCAUGAAGUGACAGACUUUUCCUUUCUCAACAAGAAUUAUUUGCUAGUUUAUUACAAAAUGAAAUUUAAAGAUAGGAUAAGGCAGCUGCUGAGCUUGAAAGACUGCCACUACUACUUGACGGAAAGUCAAAGGGAGGGAAGCCCACUGCACGUAAGGGAAAAUGAAAAACUUGGGCUUUUUAUAAAAGAAGGUGCCCAAGAUACAUGGUUCAGUGGUGAUAUCAAACAUAAUAUUAUAUAUGGAUUAUCUCCUUACAGCAAGAUAAAAAAUCAUUUAUGUACAGAUUAUAAGGAUCAUAGUGGUCCUUUAUACCUACAUGAGUAUUAUGACCCUCAUUAUUUUAAUCUGAACGAAAUUUAUCACAUCGGUGGGGUUUUAUAUCUAGAGGGAAAUGAAAAUCUAGGAAUAUUUGAAUUAAUAAAAUUAAUAACAAAGAAUUUAAACAACUAUAAAUUAUUUAGUAUUAGUAAUAUGCCAAGUGCGCUAUAUAUAAAUAUAACUAAUCCGUUAUUGCCAUGGAAAAUUUUAUGUAAUGAUAUCUUGAGCACUUGGAAAUUGUGCAGUAUGAGAAAAACAAAUAUUUUAAUAAACUCUGGUGAUAAUUAUAAUAUUCUUAGAGAGAUAACACAUCCGUCUCAUCAUUGGUUUUUCAAAUGUAUGUUAAAUAUUGUAGACGAUUUGGUUAUUCCUCAAACAAAGGUUAGCAAGAGGGGACUACAUAUGGGCAUUACUACUACUAGAAAACAUUCCAAAGCGAAUUUGCUCCCACACGCGGAUAAGGAAACUGAUGUGGGUACAGGAGAUCCAACUGAUGAAGAGGGAGAAUCAGAAGAGGAAGGUGUAAUCACAGGAGAAGAUACAGACGAUUUGACGGGCGAAGUGACCGAGGGGUUAUCUGCUCUUCCCCGAGUGCAAAAAAGCAGAAAGCAGAAACGGAAAAAUGCUAACUCCUCAUGUAACGAUGAAUCCAAGAGCAGAAAUAAAAAAAAUAGUCGCCUGUGCAAAAAAAUUCUGACCAUCAUAGAAUACCUCUUUAGUAACUCGAAGGGGAAAACAGAGAGGGGAAAAGAAAAGCGGAAAAAAGUGAGUAGUAGGAAAGAUAAAAUGGGGGAAAACACAGGAAUUAGAGUAGAGGAUGAAGUGGAUGACAAGAUGGAUAACAGAGUGAGUGCCAAAUUUAAUGACAAAAUGAAUAACAAAGUGAAUGACAAAGAGAAUAACAAAGUGAAUGACAAAGAGAAUAACAAAGUGAAUGACAAAGAGGAUAACAAAGUGAAUAACAAAAUGGACAACCGAGAGGACGACAAACUGACCAACAGAACAAAGUACCACAGUAAGGACAAACCUAGGUGGGGGGAACAACCGAGUAAAGAACAUUUAGGACAAAAUUUGAAGAUGGAAGAAAAACAAAAUCACUUAAACAAUGCCUUUCACUGCACUGAAAGGAGGGGAAAUCCUUACAGUAACAAACCAACUAAAGAAAGCGCAAGUAGUGCAACUGACACUUCGGAACAAGAUAAUUACAAUAAUGUAAUAUAUGACUAUGUGCAUACAAAUUUUAAAACAAAUAUGAAGGAUAAUAGAGUGCGCAUUAUAAGCUCUAUGAUUUAUUAUUUCACAUUAUAUGAACAAACAUUCAUUAUUUUUAACUAUCGAGCAGGAACUUCUUUAAAUGUAAAUGUUGAGGAAAGCACAUGGAAAAUUUGCAAGAGCAUUUCAAAGUUAGCCAUGUAUAAGAGAAGAGAAAUUUUAAAAAAUUUACAAAAAAAUGUAAAGGAAUGGAGGAGGAGUCAUUGCAGAAGAUGUUCCUUCUGCAAGGGGGGUGCGUCCAGCUUGGAGGUAAAAGCUAACGAGGAGAUAGCAGCUAACAAGGGGAGUAAUACUAACACUGGAGUUAUUGCUAACAAAGAGGGGGAUUCCUUAUGUGAAAGCCGUCAAGACAGUGCUCAUGAUAAAAAGGACUAUCACAUUGAUCAAGGUACAGACCAUCCCAAGGGAAACAUCAAAAUAAAUACAGGGUAUGUCCAACUAAAUGAUAAUUCCUUAAAAAGACAAGUGGAUAAUUAUUAUGAUCAGACCUUCAAGUCAAAAACAUGCACAAGUGAGAGAACUAAAAAUACUGUAAUCUCAACUAAUGACAGAACGGAAAGAUGCGAAAAAAGCAGAAUUGAAAUUAACCACAUGCCGCAUUUUACCCAAACGGAGGAACUAAGUUAUCACAAAGUGAAUAUAAAUAACGAGUCCUCACCUAUCAAUGAGAUUAAUACACACUUGGAACACUCCAAUGAUGGGUGUUUUUUCCAAAAAAAAAAUAUUAUGAACAAGUCAGAAAAAGAAAAUAGUCAAAAUAUUAUUCAAAUGUUCAGAGAAGAAAAAGCUACUACUAAUAAACGUAACGUCCCCAAAAUGUUUUUUAAAACGUUGUAUCCAAAUAUAAAUGAUAAUAUUUUAUUAUACGUUGCUCAGCAAAAAAUGAAAGAAGAAGAGAAUAACACAAAUUGUAUACGCAAUAAUGUCAAACAAAGCACAUCAAAUGAUGAACAACUACUCUCCCUUAAACCUAAGAAAUCCUCUCUAUGUAAUCCAUUUCUUAACUCUAACCAUAAGCCUUUAAUAUUUAUGUUUGUAAAUGGAAUGAAGAACAAUAGUCAUGUAAAAGAACGUAACAAAAUAAAAAGAUAUGCAGAAGAGUGUAAUGGACAUAUAGAAUUAGAAAAAUUUAACAAAGAACAUUUAUAUGACUUUGUCAGCUUAUGCUUGCGUGUUAAUAAAAAUGAAAUAGAUAGCCAAUUAAUCGAUUAUUUACACAAUACCUGCUUUGGUAUUCCUAAAUUUGUACAAUAUACCUUGUAUUAUUUACUUAAAAAUAAUUACAUGAAACUAUUCAAAUACGUGAAUGACUUAGAAGAACUAGAACAAAACACUAAGAAAGAGAAAGAAAAUGAUUCCUCCUUUAAAUUCGAUGGACUUAAAGAAGAAAUACAUUUUUUCAAAAAGGAAAAAUUUGCACCAACAACAUAUACAUCUGAUGAAAUGAAAAUUAAAAGUGCAAAUGUGCGUACUGACUUCUGGGAACGGAACACCCUUAACGAUAGUUCUAACUGUAGUAGUAUUCACGAACGUACUAACGCUCCAGAUAACUGUUCCUCGUAUACCUAUAUGAAUGAUAAUAUCAAACGCAUAAUUACAGAGCAAAAUGAAAUAAUGAAUUUCCAGUGUAAAAAGGAAGAAGAAGGGGAAGAGGAGGAUGAAGAAAAUGGUAAUUUCUUAACACGUACAAAUAGUGAUGGGAAAGAUGAGCUAUCAAAAAAUUAUGAAAAAAAGUGUAAAUAUGAAAUGGAAAUAGUUAGAGAUCUAAAUGAGGCUCCGUUAAUUCCCAGACUGACGGCCUACUGCAUGACUCUAAUUGACAGCUUAAACCAGGAGGAGCAACUGCUAGCGAAACUUUGCUCCUUCUUUAAUGAAAAAUUUAACAUUAAAAAAAUGGAAUGUAUUUACCCAAAAUAUAUAUCGAAAUCUGAAUUGAAAAGAGUUAUCGUAAGUUUAAUCAAGAAAAAUGUGUUUCUUGUAUGGGUAGAUAAUAACAAAGAAGUUGACCCAUUGAAAAAUGGCGUCAGUUCGACACUCAUCGACGGUUCUACACACAAUACAAGCUAUAUACACAACAUUAAUUCAAUACACAAUAUCAACUUUGUGUACAGAGAUUUAUAUAACAAAAUGAAUAGUCUGCGUGAGAAGGGGCACAAACGUCGUUCUUUGUUUAGUAAACAUUCGAAUGUACCAGAUGAGGAGGUGUUUUUUUGUAUAGCAAACUUUUCUCUGAAGAAGGUUUUAAAUGAUUUACUGGAGAACGAAGAAAAGCAGUACAUAAGGAAAAUCUACAAAAAGUACAUAGAAGAUUAA